AUGGGGAAGAACAAGCUCAAGCAGCAGCUCAAGCGCCAGCAGCGCGAUGUCUUCCCAUCAACAUCUACAUCAUCUUUCACUGCUGCUACCGAAAAUUCACGGUCGAAGAAGAAGCAGAAGACCGAGAAAUCGACUGGACAGACCGAGACCGAAGUAGAGAUUGACACGCUGAGCUUCGACGACGCGUUCUCGGCCGGUUUGGCCUUCGAGCAGCUUGAAUCAUACGACGGCGCCUUGGCAGCGCUCCAGCAAGCUGUAAAGUGCCAGCCAACGCACGUGGGGGCUCUUACGCACCUCGCAGACGUCUAUUCUGCUGCCGGACAGUCGGACGAAGCACUCAAGUGUUACGUCCAAGCUAGCGAGCUGGGAGACGGUAAGAACGACGCGUCAGUCUGGUUCCGAUUGGGUUUGGCCCAUGCGGCAUUGGACCAGCAACUUAAAGCGACAAAAGCAUACAGAACGUCCAUGAAAAUUACUGCUACAGCACUGGAAUCCUCAAAAGCCGAUGAGGACAUUGAGGAGCUCAAGAAAGCAUACAACGUCACGCUGGCGGCACUUGCCGAAGCGUUCGGUGAGCUUGGCGAUCUGGACGCCGCAGUUGCGGUGUUUGAAGAUGCUGCCGCUAAGUUCCCGGACAACGCGAACAUGCAUUACAAUCUGGCCAAUAUGCGCAUGGCAAGGAGUGGCAGCUCAGGAGACAGGACGUUGGAUAAGCAGGUGCCAGAUCGAGUUCGUGAGCUCAAGACAAAGGCUGAAGAGCUCCAGAAAUCCGAGAGUGAUGAACAAAAUAAUGAGGAAGAUAGUGAAGAGGAAGAAGAGAACGAAGACGAGAGUGACCAAUAA